GGGGAAAACCAAAGUAUUUUACAGCGUUGUUGUUGACUGCAAGAUAGGAUAAUGGAUUUUGGGGGAAGUCUUGUGUACGUGGGUCUGACAGACGAGCAGGAAGACAUACCUGAGGAAGAUGAUCUGGAGGAGAAGGAAGAAGAAAUUGAUCCCCAGAAUGCAGAUGAAGAGACAUGUUGCUUGGAUAUUCUGGACACAGCAGGGCAAGAAGAGUAUUCCUCUGUACGAGACAUGUACAUGAGUUCGGGGGACGGCUUUAUGAUUAUCUACAGCAUUACUAGCAGAUCGUCAUUCAACGAGGCCUCAGCCAUUUAUCACCUUACUCAGAAAAUUAAAGGCAUGGAUCAUGUACCUUCGAUUCUUUGUGGGAAUAAAAGUGAUCUAGAGCAAGAGAGAGAGGUAUCAUUUGAGGAGGGGAAGAAGCUGGCAGAAUCCCUUGGCAUUCCUUUUUUAGAAACCUCUGCAAAAACAGGAAGCCUAGUAAAGGAAGCAUUUGAAAAUCUGGUUUUAGAAAUUCCUGAACACAAAGCUACACACAAAAUCGUCAUGCUUGGGUCUGGAGCUGUUGGAAAAUCGUCACUGACAAUUAGAUAUGUAUCGGACCAAUUUGUUGAGAAUUAUGAUCCAACCAUUGAAGAUUCUUAUCGUAAAAUGGUCAAAGUGAAGGGAAGACGAAGAAAAGCAGAGCAAGGUGAACAAGAAAAACCCAGAAGACAAGUAUCCAGGGUAAGAAGCUUCAUCUCCUCAAUUAGUGGGAUCUUCUCUCGCAGAUUGUCUGGACGACGAUCAGCCACAGCAGAAGAUUUACCCGAUCAGCAACGGAGAGGUGACACAAGGGGAGGUCAUCCAAGUCGUCGAAAGUCAGCCCCGCCCAUACGAUCUCAGACCAAGGCCAAGAAGACCAUUAAAUGUCAGAAAGCCGACACCAAUGUCAUCUUGGUGUCCAUGAAGGAUCUUGAUCAGAUGGACAAUGUUGCUACGGGCGACCCGGUGUAUUGUGAUGGGUGUCAGGUUGUGUUGUCUUGUAUCUCUGAGACACAACAGGAUGGAGACAAGCUGCUAUGGAACUGGUAAUAUUAAAGCCAUUGACAUUCAUUUACUAUGCAGAG